AUGGGGUGGAUGAACUCCCUGGAGUACUAUGGGCUUAUCGCACCACCAAGCGAAGGUCAACUGAACUCCAAGCAAAUGAGGCUCAACCUUGACCUACUUGAGGGCGAACGUGAGAAGACCAUUAUCCGAGUCGCCUCCUACCAGCAGCAGUUGAAGUCGUACUACGACAAAAGAGCUAAGGUCAGACAGUUUCAACCAGGCGACCUCGUGCUAAGAAAGGCUUUCAUCACCGCACCAAGACAAGGGUCGAAAAAGAUGAAUCCCAACUGGGAAGGCCCUUAUGUGAUCAGCCGGUCCGGGGGGCAGAGGAAGCUACACAUUGGACACCAUGGAUGGGAAGCAAAUACCACGACAAUGGAAUGUUCACCAUCUCCGAAAUUCAGUUUCUCAUUCCAAAAUGUCUUAUCUGCCUACAAAACACAAGCAGUUGCCCAUAAGCAGCGUCCUAAGGGAGACGCAGGGCGACGACCAAAGCGUCCUUCGGGAGACGCAGCCCGUAAAAAGCGUCCUAAGGGAGACGCAGGGUGCGCCAGGAAUUUCUUAAAAGGAGGUCUCCAUGCCUUCUGCGGGAAGUAUCCAGGUUCCUAUCCGUUUCCUAAGGGAGGCAGGAUAGACACGCAGUUGCCCAUAAGCAGCGUCCUAAGGGAGACGCAGGGCGACGACCAAAGCGUCCUUCGGGAGACGCAGCCCGUAAAAAGCGUCCUAAGGGAGACGCAGGGUGCGCCAGGAAUUUCUUAA